AUGGUUAACUGGACUGCCGACAAGGAUCAGAUCAUUCUCAAGGGAAUCUUCAAGUUCCACGAUAUCAAGAGCAGCGCUCCGCUCCUCAAGUACCUCUCUGAAGAGAUCGGUGGCGACUGCACCCCCAAGGCCGUCUCUCACCGUCUGACCAACAUCCGCAAAGGCGGCACCACUCACGCCGUCGCCUCACCCACUCCCGCUGCUUCCACACCCAAGACACCUCGUUCCAAGGCCAAGCCCGUUCCCCGCAAGAAGAAAGCCGUUUCCGAAGAGGUCGACAGCGAUGGCCCCCAAGGCCUCAUGGACGAUGACGAGAUCCUCUCCCCCACUGCUUCCCGUGGCAAGCGCAGCCUCAACGGCAAGCGUAAGCCCACUUACGAUGAGACAAGCGACAAGGAGGACGAGGAGGGCGAGGUUGAAGAUGACUACGUUCCGAUGGCUAAGCGGGUUAAAGAGGAGCCUGUUGAUGAGGAGGAUGUCGUCGUUGAGGAGCUCGUUGAGGAAGAGGUUUAG